AUGAAACGCAUUAAAACAAGCGAAUCUGGCUGUCCAAAAGCCAAAAAAAUCGCCAAAAACGAGGAAGAAGUGAAAAAAGACCGAGAACCGCAAGUAGAAGACGUCCGGAUCGCGUUUAAGGAUGAAAUAAAAAAAUAUAAAAAGCUGAAACUGGAAAAUGGGCGAAAAUACGACGUCCAGAAAGUGCUCGGCGAAGGCGUGUUCGGCAUCGUUUUCGAAGUGUUUGAUGAGAAAAAGCGGAAGUUAGCCGCCAAAAUGAUGAAGAAGACCGACGAGCCGCCGGACAUCUGGAAAAUCGAGCUUCAUGUGCAAGCGGAAGCCUACCAACGCCCCGACACACUAGGCAGCACCUUCCCAAUUCCCCAAAUUCGUGAUAUCGGACGUCAAAUGGUUUCCGCGCUCGCCCAUUUGGACAUUCUAGGGAUCUAUCACCUGGAUAUCAAGCCGGAAAAUGUGUAUUUUGUGGAAAAUGGCGCAUUUGAUAUCCGGUAUUUGAGAAAUAGGCAUUUGGCGAUCGAAAUGAAGGACACGAAGAUUCAAAUUGGCGAUUUUGGAUGCUCGAAAUUCCAUAAAGAGUUUGAGAGCGAUGUGAAGCCGACGGUGGUGCAGACACAGAAUUACAGGGCGCCCGAGGUUUUCAUUGGUCUCCCAUACAGUACGAAAUCAGACGUCUGGUCAUUCGGUGCCCUGAUGGCUGAGAUGUACACGGGGAUGUUGCUGUUCUACGGGACAGACGACGAGAGUUCCGAAGCGACGCAAUUCGAAAUGAUGCAGAGAGUCGUGGGACAGUUUGUGAAUCGUGCCAUGUUCCGGAAGGCUCUUCUGCAUGGUUCGGAUCAUGUCCGUAAAGACAACGGGAUCCUCCAGCGAACCGCCAAGAAGUUCGAGCCCACCGUCCCAUUGCACAUGAAUUUGAAGAAAUUCGAUUUCGAGGCGAUUCCCCUCUUCGAAAUGCUCAAAUACGUGCUCAUUCUCGAUCCAGAGCUCCGUCCAUCGUUCGAAGACGUCGCCAACCACAAAUUCUUUGCGUUGAACUGA